CACAGAGGGCAGAAAUGCAUUUGUUGGGAGCAUCAAGGACAAGACGACUGCAUGGAAGCAGUACCGGAAAGCCGCCAUCUUAGGAGAGAAUGCUGGCCUUGUCAGGGCCUCAGGAAGGACUAUGGAGCAAUUCACCAUCCACAUCACCACCAGCCCCCGGAGCAAGGCCACGUUCCGGCUGACCUAUGAGGAGGUGCUGAAGCGAAAACUUGGGCAGUAUGACAUUGUCAUCAAAGUCAAGCCCAAGCAGCUGGUGGAGCAUUUUGAGAUCGAAGUGGACAUCUUUGAGCCCCAGGGGAUCAGAAAGCUGGAUGCCCAGGCCUCCUUCCUGCCCAAGGACCUGGCCCAAACCAUCAAGAAGUCCUUUUCAGGGAAAAAGGGUCAUGUGCUUUUCCGCCCCACCGUGAGCCAGCAGCAGUCCUGCCCCACGUGCUCCACAUCCUUGCUGAAUGGGGACUUCAAGGUGACCUACGACGUCAAUCGAGACAAGAUCUGUGACCUUCUGGUCGCCAAUAAUCACUUUGCCCACUUCUUGGCGCCCCAAAACCUGACGAACCUGAACAAGAACCUGGUUUUUGUGAUUGACAUCAGUGGCUCCAUGCAAGGCCAGAAAGUGAAGCAGACCAAGGAGGCACUCCUUAAAAUCCUGGGAGACAUGCGGCCAGGAGACCACUUUGACUUGGUUCUCUUUGGGGCUCAAGUACAGUCAUGGAGGGGCUCACUGGUGCAGGCAUCCGCCGCCAAUCUGCAAGCUGCUCGAAACUUUGUGCAGCAAUUCUCCGUGGCUGGGGCCACAAACAUGAAUGGAGGUUUGCUCCGGGGAAUUGAGAUCUUGGACAGAGCACAGGAAAGCCUCUCAGAGCUCAGCAAUAGUGCCUCCAUUCUCAUCAUGUUGACGGAUGGCGAGCCCACUGAGGGAGAGACGGAUCGUUUCAAAAUCCGUGAGAACGUUCGAAAGGCCAUCCGGGGCAGGUUCCCACUCUACAACCUGGGCUUUGGCAACAGCGUGGACUUCAACUUCCUGGAUGCCAUGUCCAUGGAGAACAACGGGCGAGCCCAGAGAAUCUACGAGGACCAUGAUGCUGCCCAGCAGCUGGAGGGCUUCUACAACCAGGUAGCCAACCCCCUGCUGGUGGAUGUGGAGAUGCAGUACCCCCAGGACACCGUGGUGGCCCUGACCCAGCACCACCAUAAACAUUACUACGAAGGCUCAGAGAUCGUGGUGGCCGGGCGCAUUGCAGAGCACAAGCUGGGUGACUUUAAGGCUAACAUUCGGGCCCAUGGGGAGGGCCAAGAAUUUCAGACAACCUGCCUGGUGGAUGAGGAAGAGAUGAAGAAACUGCUCCGUGAGCGGGGCCACAUGCUGGAGAACCACAUCGAGCGCCUCUGGGCCUACCUCACCAUCCAGGAGCUGCUGGCCAAGCGGAUGAAGGUGGAGGGGGAGGAGAAGGCUAACUUGUCGGCUCAGGCCCUGAAGAUGUCGCUGGCCUAUCAGUUUGUGACUCCGAUGACCUCCAUGACCAUCAGCGGCAUGGCCGACCAGGACGGUCUGGGACCCACCAUUGACAAGCCCCAGGAGGGUAUGGGCAGUGUGGAGUUGCUGGGACCCAGAAGGAUGUACAAGCUGUCUGCCUUGCAGCCUUCUCCUACUCACUCCAGCACCACUGGCCAGCAGUUGCCAGACCAAGUGACUGGUGUGGACACUGACCCCCACUUCAUCAUCCACGUGCCCCAGAAAGAGGACACAUUGUGCUUCAACAUCAAUGAGGAGCCUGGCGUGAUCCUGAGUCUGGUACAGGACCCUGACACAGGCUUCUCAGUGAACGGGCAGCUCAUCGGUGAUGAGGCUCACCAUGAGGGCACAUACUUCGGGCGACUGGGGAUCUCGAGCCCUGCAACGGGCUUUCAGCUGGAAGUGACUCCUCAGAACAUUACCCUGAACCCUGGCUCAGGCGGGCCCGUGUUCUCCUGGAAGGACCAGGCUGUCCUGUGGCAGGAUGAGGUGGUAGUGACCAUCAACAAGAAGAGGAGCCUGGUGGUGUCCAUGGGCGACAGGGGCACCUUCGAGGUGGUCCUGCACCGGGUAUGGAAGGGGAGUGCCAUCCACCAGGACUUCCUGGGCUUCUACGUGCUGGACAGUCCCCAGAUGUCGGCCCGGACGCACGGGCUGCUGGGGCAAUUCUUCCACCCCUUUGAUGUUGAAGUGUCCGAUAUCCACCCAGGCUCUGACCCAAAGAGGCCAGAUGCCACGAUGGUGGUGAAGAACCGCCGGCUGACAGUGACCAGGGGCUUGCAAAGAGACUACAGCAAAGACCCUCGGCAUGGGGCUGAGGUAACCUGCUGGUUUGUCCACAACAAUGGCGCUGGGCUGAUUGACGGCAUCCACACAGACUAUAUCGUCCCUGACAUCUUCUGAGCUCUGCACCCAGCACACCUGUCCUCCCUGGGGCCUUGACAGAGGAGGAGGAUAGCAUCCUGACCUACUGCCCAGGCCAUACCUCCCUUUCUGAGCUGGUGCCCCUUGCC